AUGUUCUCGUCUACAAAUAAAAUCAAAUCGAAAGAAAAAUUAAGCAAAGUGUGCGUAUAUUUAGUGAAGAAUAAGUAUGCACCGAGGGCGAUUGCUUGUAGAUAUGGCGAGAAAAACAAAGUCAAAAAAUCACCAGUGAAGGAAAACGAAGAACUUUCAUCAUUGAAACCGGUGAGUGCAAAUAAUAAAUGGUCUCAGAAUGAUGACAACAAAGCUGCGAAAGAACAAACGGCGUCCUCGAUAACUUCACCUUCUACAAUAAUUAAUCCAGUUCUUCAAGAAAUUAACGCGAACAAUACACUCAGUACGUCUAGUAAUGUUGAAUCAAUGACCCAAUCCAAACAAACGCAAUAUUACAUUUCAACCCUGCACUCUGAUGAGAGUGAUUUUGAUGAUUCCGACUGUGACCCUCAUUUUAUUCCUGGUUCAACCAGUAAAGCUCCGAGUUUACUUCGAAGUGGUGCGACAAAAUCGUCAUGUAGUUCUUCGUCAAGUAGCUCUUCUUCCAGUAGCUCUUCAUCAAGUAGCUCAGAUCAGGAAGCUGAGAAUGCCUUAAGUUCCGUUGCAUCAACUAGUAGAUCAGCAAUUCAAACGGCUACAGAGUCAAAUGUUCCCUCAGAAGUGCAGCACAACAGAAAAGGCAAAAAGAGGACCGCCAAAAAGACGGGACCUUAUAGAGUCAAUGAAAUGACUAAUGAUAAAUUUUAUGAUCUUAAAUUACUUCAAGAGCAGUGGGGUAACAAUUUUAAUGUGAACACGGAUAGAAACCAAGUAAAAUGGCACGACAUUAAGGUGCUUCGUGUUGUAAAGGAACAUCCAAUGACUUUUUUCUAUAAGAAUUCUUACGAAGAUUCUUUAGAAGUACAUUUGCAAUAUCAUAAAGGAAACUUGUAUGUGAAAUGGGGCACGCAAAAUUCUCAGAAUGAUACAGACAAUAAUAACGGCACUAAACUGAAAAGUGAAACAACAGUAUCUGCGCCAGCCGACUCGAGUGACAAUACGAUUAACAAACCAAGUCCUGAGUUCCAGCAGCGAGCGACGCCGGAAACCUCAAGAACCUCAAGAACAAAAUUGUUAAAAGCUUUUUUGGAGGCCGGAAAAAUACUAGGGCAUCCAACAGUCGACUACAACGCACCAGAAGUUAUGGGAUUUGGCAAGGUACAAGUUACAAUAAGCAAUGGGCGAAGACAAAGUGCGGCCAAAGUAUUUCUGCAUAGACAGAAAAAUAGACCUAACUUACACAUUUUACCUGAAGCUAAAGCUACUAAAAUAUUGAUAGACCCUGUAACAAAAACAGCCUAUGGAGUCGAAUAUGUUCACAAAAACGUUUUACGAACAGCAACGGUACGCAAGGAAGUUAUUUUGUCAGCUGGACCUAUAGCGUCACCACAACUAUUGAUGCUUUCUGGCGUUGGACCCAAGGAACACAUGACUUUAGUUGGUAUUAAUGUCAUUAAAGACCUGCCGGUAGGCAGAACUCUAUAUGAUCACAUAUGUUUCCCAGGAAUUGUUUUUACAAUAAAUGAGACAAACGUCAGCUUACUUGAAUCUCAAGGAUUAAAUAUACCCGAUUUAAUAGAAUGGCUCAGAAACGGCGGUAAUCAAAUAUCAUCCCCUGGCGCUGUCGAAGGAAUUGGUUAUAUUAAAACACAUGUCUCAAAUGAUUUAGAGUUAGUACCCGAUAUAGAACUUAUAAGUAUCGGUGGUUCAAUCGUGUCUGAUGGAGGUCCAAGCGGUAGUAAAGCCGUACGCAGAGGAAUGAGAAUAAGAGACGAAAUCUUCAAUGGAGCCUUUGGGCCAAUAGACAACACAAAUACGUGGAGCGCAUUCCCAAUGUUACUCUAUCCAAAAUCUGUUGGUUAUUUAGAAUUAAAGGAUAAGAAUCCGUUUAGCCAUCCACGUCUAUACGGCAACUAUUUGACAGAUGCACGUGACGUGGCUACAUUCGUAGCAGCAAUUCGCCAUAUACAAGCGUUAGCGAAUACAGAGCCAUUCCAAAGAUUAGGAACUAAGAUAUAUCCAGCAAAAUAUUCAACAUGUAAUUCCUCAAAAUUUGACUCUGACGAGUACUGGGAAUGUGCAUUACGCACCCUUACAUCAACUAUCCAUCAUCAAAUAGCAACUUGCCGAAUGGGACCGGAAAGCGAUCCACUAGCCGUUGUAGAUCCCGAAUUACGAGUGCAUGGUGUCAAAAGGUUACGAGUUGUUGAUACAGGAAUCAUACCAAUGCCCAUAUCUGCCCACACUAGCGCACCGGGAAUGAUGAUCGGGGAAAAAGCAGCUGAUAUGAUCAAGAGUUUUUGGAAUAUAUACAUAAACUAG